AUGUUAGUCACAAAGGCAACGUUAUGCCUCUUUUUUUCCGCACUCGUAUUGGGUGCUCCUAGCUCAAAGCACCGCUCCGCUGGUCGUCCAAAUCGCUGCGUGAUAUCUUCUUCCAAUGGCACAGCCAAUGAUUCCCCAGCUGUAGCCCGAGCUUUUGCCAAAUGCUCUUCCGAUUCUGUGAUCGUUUUCGAAGAUGGUGUCGAUUACAAUAUCUUUACCCCCAUUUCUGCUACCAAUCUCAGUAAUGUUGAGAUUCAGAUGAACGGAAACCUACACCUGCCUCAGAACAUUACAGCUGUCCAAGAGAUCGUCAAUGGGACAAGUAGUGCCCUCUACGCGGAUGGAGCAUACUGGUUCAAAUUUUCGGGUCCCAAGAUUGAUUACAUUGGCUCAGCCAAUGUCAAUCAUGGUUGGAUCAACUCCUAUGGACAGGCCUGGUGGGAUGCAAAUCCAGUCAACGGAACAGGUAUCGACUCUCGUCCCCACCUCAUGACCUUCAACACAACAGAUGGCUCUCUCAAGUACUUCCGCUCUCGCAAGCCAAUUGCCUGGAAUGUCCAGCUGCAAGGAGACAAUAUUGCUGUCAGCCACGCUUUCAUCGAUGCCGAAUCGACAGGCUCCUUCCCCUUCAACACCGAUGGAUUUGAUGUUACAGCCACCAAUGUCCGUAUCUCGGACAGCGUCAUCUAUAACGGCGACGACGCCAUUGCUGUCCAGUCUGGAUCCCACAAUGUGGUCUUUGAGCGGAAUACCAUCGGUUACCAAAGCCACGGCAUGAGCAUCGGAUCCCUGGGUCAAACCCAGAGCGAAUUCGCCAAUGUCUCCAACAUUCAUUUCGAAGACGUCACAGUCAUCAAUGCCGUCUAUGGCUCCCGCUUCAAGUCCUGGAUGGGUGGCCAGGGUAUCGCGAAGAACAUCACCUGGAAGAACAUCCGCACGUACAAUGUUACUUUCCCCAUUUUCGUGACCCAGAGCUACACCAACCAGGGUUCCUCGCAGACCCAGCUCGGCAAUGGUGUGACUACUGGACGUGUAAACAAUGCCUCUGUCAUGAUGGAAGAUUUCUCCUGGACCGACUUCACGGGUACCGUUAACUCAUGGCGUCCAGGCGAUGGAUCUUGUGUGACAGAUCCUUGCUGGUAUGAUGAUGGAUUGCCGAAUCUUAAGCAUACCGAAGCUGUGAUUAUUGAGUGCAAUACCAACACGUCCUGCAAGAACUUUGAGCUGAGUAAUAUUCAGAUUAUCCCACAGGCUUUGGCUGAGCCGACGGUGGUGUGUAUCAAUGCGACUGCAGCAUUGAACCCGGAGCUUGGUUUUACCUGUCGGAACGGUACAUUCAGUCCCAAUUGA